UGCUCUUCACCUCUGAGUGACUCUCCGGUGUUGUCGGUGAACCGUCGACACGUAUCCUGGCCAGGAGCCGGUGUGGUGAACAGAACCCGGACAAAAAGGGGAGGUGAAGCCAUGUUCAGAGUCUUCAGUCACCAAGGCAAGAGGGUGCCAAGCUGCCUCGCGGGCCAGCGGCGCUAUGAGCACCACAGGGCCGUCAUGGCCAUCCGCCGCGAGGACAUCAAUCCCUGGGAGAGGAGGGCGCCGCUUGCCCCGCGCCAUAUCAGAGAACUCACACACGCAGGCGUCAAAGUCCUGGUCCAGCCUUCGAACCGCAGAGCCAUCCAUGAGAAGUACUACAUGAAGGCAGGGGCUGUGGUUCAGGAGGAUAUUUCAGAGGCAUCACUGAUAAUUGGAGUGAAGAGGCCACCAGAAGAGAAGAUCAUUCCCAGGAAGACGUAUGCUUUUUUCUCUCACACCAUCAAGGCACAAGAGGCCAAUAUGGGGCUCUUAGACGACCUGCUGAAGAAGGAGGUUCGCCUUAUCGACUACGAGAAGAUGGUUGAUGCCAACGGCUACCGGAUUGUUGCAUUUGGUCAGUGGGCCGGUGUUGCAGGAAUGAUUAACAUUUUGCAUGGAUUGGGGCUGCGCUUCCUUGCUCUUGGCCACCACACUCCCUUCAUGCACAUCGGCAUGGCUCAUAACUAUCGCAACGUCAGCCAGGCCAUCCAGGCAGUGAGGGAUUGUGGGUAUGAGAUUUCGAUGGGGCUCAUGCCCAAAUCCAUCGGCCGUGUCACAUUUUGCUUCACUGGAACUGGAAACGUCUCCAAGGGAGCCCAGGACAUCAUCAAUGAGCUCCCUGUUGAAUAUGUUGAGCCUCAUGAGUUGAAGGACGUCUCUGAAACAGGAGAUAUGUCCAAAGUGUACGCCACUGUUCUGAGCCGACACCACCACCUGGUGAGGAAGAGUGAUGCCAUAUACGACCCCAUGGAGUAUGAGAACCACCCAGAACUGUACACGUCACACUUCAGGACCAGUGUGGCGCCCUACACAACGUGUCUGAUCAACGGUAUUUACUGGGACCCCCAAACCCCCAGACUACUCAGACGACUGGACGCUCAGAAGCUCAUGAGACCUCCCAAAACCGCACGUGUAGACGACGAGGGAUCACCGGAGCUACCUCACAAGCUGCUGGCCAUCUGUGACAUAUCCGCUGACACCGGAGGCUCUAUAGAGUUCAUGAAUGAGUGCACCACGAUUGACAAGCCUUUCUGUAUGUACGACGCUGACCAGCACAUAGAUCACGACAGUGUGGAGGGCAACGGAAUCCUCAUGUGCUCCAUUGACAACCUUCCUGCUCAGCUUCCCAUCGAAGCCACUGAGUACUUUGGAGACCGACUCUUCCCCUACAUAUGGGAGAUGCUGCCUUCAGACGCCACCAGACCAAUGAAGGAAGAGGAGUUUAGUCCUCAAGUCCGAGACGCUGUUAUCACCUCUAACGGAGUACUCACCCCAAAGUUUGAAUACAUUGAAAAACUUCGAGAAAGAAGGGAGAAGGCUGAAAUCAUGAAAAAGACCGGCAUGAAGCGAGUUCUGCUGCUCGGCUCAGGAUAUGUCUCUGGGCCUGUUGUUGAGUAUCUGACCCGUGAUGAGAAGACUCAGGUCACUGUAGCAUCAGCGCUACUGAAGCAAGCGGAGGAAUUGGCAGCCAAAUACCCCAACACUAUCCCCAUCACGCUGGACGUAAGCAGUCAGGAGGGACACCUCGACUCUCUGGUCAAAGAUCAUGACCUGGUCAUCAGCAUGCUGCCUUAUGCAUUCCAUCCACUUGUUGCUAAACACUGCAUCAAGAGGAAGGUGAACAUGGUGACGGCCAGCUACCUGAGUCCUGCCAUGAAGGAGCUACAGAGCAGUGUGGAGGAAGCAGGCAUCACCAUUGUAAAUGAGAUGGGACUGGAUCCAGGCAUCGACCACAUGCUGGCCAUGGAGUGUAUUGAUCAGGCCAAAGCUGACGGCUGCAUUGUGGAAUCUUACACCUCGUUCUGUGGUGGUCUUCCUGCUCCUGAGUGCUCAGACAAUCCUCUUCGUUACAAGUUUAGCUGGAGUCCUUAUGGUGUCCUCCUCAACACCAUCAGCCCUGCCAUCUUCCUCAGAGACAACCAGGUGGUGAGUGUCCCACCUGGUGGGUCUCUGAUGGAUUCCACAACGCCGAUGGAUUUCUUUCCAGGUUUCAACCUGGAGGGAUUUCCAAAUAGGGACAGCACCAAGUACUCUGAGCCGUACGGCAUCCAGACAGCACACACUCUAAUCAGAGGAACGCUGCGUUUCAAGGGCUUUUCCAAGGCCAUGAGUGGUUUUGUUAAACUGGGUCUAAUCAACAGUGAGCCCAGUCCCAUCUUGCAGCGCACUUCAGCUCCCGUUUCCUGGAAAGAACUCCUUUGUCAGCAGAUGGGACUGUCUUCUUCUAUCUCCCAGGAUGCCUUUGAAAACGCUGUGUUCGACUGCAUCGGACAGGAUGAUUUCAGGAUGGACACCCUGAGAUGGUUUGGGAUGCUGAGCGAUGAGUCAGUGCCUCACGCAGACAGCGUUCUGGCUGCUCUUACGAAGCAUUUGGAAGCCAAACUCUCCUUUGAUAAGGGCGAGCGGGACAUGAUCGUCAUGAGAAACGACGUGGGGCUUCGCCACCCAACUGGCGAGCUGGAGACCAAACACAUCAGCCUGGUGGUGUACGGUGACCCCAGUGGCUUCUCCGCCAUGGCCAAGACUGUAGGAUACCCAGCAGCCAUUGCCGCUCGCAUGGUCCUUAAUGGUGAAAUCAGCACCAAAGGUCUGGUGGUUCCAAUGACGAAGGAGGUGUAUGGGCCGGCGUUGGCCCGACUGAAGGAGGAAGGACUUAACUUCAUGUCAAAGAGCACGCUACAGGAGUAGAGCGAAACCUUUAAACACAGAAGAAAACUUGUUAUGAAUCUGGUCCAAAAACUCCAGAAAAAGUAUUUUAAAUCCUCACACUGUUACCUGCUUUUUCACUGACUUUACUUAAACGCUGCAGACAGACUAAGACUCACCUAACUGCUCUUAGUCUGGAUUGGUUUAAAAUAUUUUUACCUCACCUUCAACACUAAAAAAAUGUUCAUACCUUUUUACUAAUACAUGUGAAUAUUGAGAAAGGCAAGAUGGGAAAAAGGGAAGAAACUAAAUACAUCAAGUAUUUGACUCUCCAAAAGUUACUUAGUUUAUUAUUGAAAUGAAACUUUAUGCUUUGUGAACAUGUUUUAAAGUUGGUUGUGCAUCAAAACUCUAACGUUCAGUAAUCUGCAGUUUAACAACAGCAUCCUAAUUUUAGUUUUAAUCCUCUCAUCUGUGCCGAACUGAAAUCAGUACUCCACUGGUGUUGACUGGGAGGAAAGUUCUUCUGUGAAGAUGUGUAGAAUAUGGACUGAUCUAACAUUAUUGAGGCAUUACAGAUUAAAAGCUUUAAGUAGAGAUAUUGUCUCAAGAAUCAGGUAGAGCCACUGUAGAAAGCUGGUCUGACUGAACACACUAUUGUACAUUUUGUCACCUCACUUGAAAACCACAUCAACCAAGUGUCACCGGUGACAAGCAAAACGUUCUCACAGGUGAAAUGUUCAGAGUAAAUCAGAACUAGUAAACCUGCAAAAAGUUUUUCCUGUCAGCUAAUAUUAGUUGAAACUUUCAGACUGAAGCAAUGGCUGCAUCACUACUUCUUAGUUUUACUGCUAGUUUCUUCUGGUGGUCAUUUGCAGUCCAAGAAGCAAUUUCCCAUAAACCACUAUUUUAAGAGAGAUGUUUGUAAAACAGGACACCUCCAUGUUUAACCAAAGUUGGUUAUUACUCUAUGAGGAAUUUUUAAUCAGUGUAAGUUUCAUAUCCGGAGAGUGAGUUUUAUUUUAUACGGGACAUCCCAACCAUUGGGGUGAAUUACAAGGCGUAACCCAGCAGCAGUUUGUCAGCAUUGCCAACCACUGUGCGUAGCUCCUGAUGUCUAUAACGCCACUUUCAUACAUAAUUACAUUUGCAUGCUCUAGAAUGAGGUGUAGUUUACUUUUUGAGCUAAAUUGGCAUGGUUACUAUGAAACGCUAAGCAAGUGUACCUUGAGAUGACACUAGACCCCAUCUUAUCGCAUUAUAUUCAUGUAAAAACAAGAUGCUGUGAAUUUUAUAUGCUUAACACAAAUGGAUCUUGUUCGAUACAAUUCAGAAAAUAUACAAUUAAAAUAAAAAUGACAAUCUUCUAUAGACCAGAGGUAAUAAGAUUGGAAAGAUCUUGGAGUAAAAUCUAAAAAAAAAUCAGAAACUAUGUACGGAAGCGACCGCUCUCGGCUUUCGUAACUAUGAGCGUUCUGUCUGACACAUAUUUAUUUGCCCACAUUCUUUGAAACAUUACUGCUAACCACACCUUCCAACGGAUGUUUAACUGAGAGCUAGAUGACUAUUUAUUAUCUGCCACCACAGUAUUUAUUUUAUGUUCAGGUGGGAUGUGGUUACCAUGUAAACGGUUAUAAAUGAGCUAAAAGCAAAUACCAAGAAAGUUAUUUUACACGUGCCUGAGAUCUAUAUUUUUGCAAUAAUAUACCCGUAUGUAUUCCUUGCACAUAUGUCUAUGUAGGCCUCCGCAGAGUUUGAAACGGCAGCGUUUUGUGUGUUUGAUAUGUUUAGAUUUGUAGGUUUGAAUCUGAAAGACUGCAGUGUGUUCCAGUCCGGUUUAAAGGAAACGAUUCACAUCAAAGCUAACAAACGUCUAAUCAGAUGUCUGAGUCAGUCUGAGUAUUCAUUGAUUUACCUCCUUCCACAUGAACACAGUGUUUAUUCUCGUUGUCUUUCUGAUUUCUAAUGUUUGUGGUGUUGAUUUAAAAAAGAACAUUCAUUUGUAACAAGAUUGUUUUCAUCGAAUGUUUUUGCUUUGUAAAAAGCUUGUGUGUUCCAUAAAUACAAAUCAUUCUGUUAAGUUUA